UUCCUGCAGAGGCACCACUUCCACAGCUUCUCCUGCUCAGAAGCCUUCGUCCUGGUGGCCGUGGCCUAUGACCGCUGUGUGGCUAUCUGCCGCCCCCUGCGCUACCCUGUCCUCAUGACCUCGCGCACCAGUGCCGCCCUGGCAGCCUGUGCCUGGCUCCCUGCCCUCCUCCUGCCCAUCCCCGCAGUGGUGCAGACUUCCCACUUGGCCUUUGACAACACUGCUCCCAUCUCUCACUGCUUCUGUGACCACUUGGCUGGGGUCCAGGCCUCCUGCUCUGACACCACGCCCCAGACCUUCAUGGGCCUCUGCAUCGCCAUGGUGGUAUCCUUCCUGCCCCUUCUCCUGGUGCUUCUCUCCUAUGCCCACAUCCUGGCUGCAGUGCUUCGCAUCAGCUCCCGAGAAGGACGCUCAAAAGCCUUCUCCACCUGCGGCUCCCACCUCCUGGUGGUUGGCACCUACUACUCAUCCAUUGCCACAGCCUAUGUGGCCUACAGGGCUGACCUGCCCCUCGACUUUCACAUCAUGGGCAAUGUGGUGUAUGCUGUCCUCACCCCUGUCCUCAACCCUCUCAUCUACAUGCCGAGGAGCAAGGAUGUCAAAGCAGCCAUCACCAAAAUAGUAGCAUACUAUAAGACUGUUCUGUUCCUUGAUUUUGAAAAUUCAAUCAGCAGUUGA